GAGACGGCAGAACCACGAUGAGAAAGCAAGUGGGAGCGGACUGUGGGAAUGAUGGAGAGUCUAACAGCCAGAUUAAAAACGGAGAGGAAUACGAGGAGGAAUUGGACCCACGAAUUCAGGAGGAGCUGGAGCACCUCAACCAAGCUAGCGAAGAGAUCAACAAGCUGGAGCUGCAGCUGGAUGACGCCAGGUCGAGCUACAGGAGGAUCCUGACUGAUUCUGCCAGGAAGCUCAAUGCCCAGGGCUCCCAGCUCGGUGCGUGCAUUGACAAAGCAAGGCCUUAUUAUGAAGCUCGCAGACUUGCCAAAGAGGCCCAACAGGAGACCCAGAAGGCAGCUCUGAGAUAUGAGAGGGCUGUGUCCAUGCACACUGCUGCCAGAGAGAUGGUGUAUGUGGCAGAGCAAGGCCUUUUGGCUGACAAGAACACCAUGGACCCAACCUGGCAGGAGAUGCUUAACCAUGCCACCGCCAAGGUGAAUGAGGCAGAGGAGGAGCGCCUUCGCAGUGAGCGAGAGCACCAGCGAGUCACCCAACUGUGCCAGGAUGCUGAAGCUCGAGUCCAGACUCUCCAGAAAGCCCUGAAGAAAGUCAUUCUCAAGUCCAAGCCUUACUUUGAACUCAAGGCUCAGUUCAAUCACAUUUUGGAGGAGCAUAAGGCUAAAGUCGUACGGCUAGAGGAGCAAGUGGCAAAAGUAAAAAUGCGUUACUCCGUGGCCCUGCGGAACCUGGAGCAGAUCAGUGAGCAAAUCCAUGCACAGAGGGGGCGGACCAGAGCUAGCAGGGGGCAUCCUGCCAUCUGUGGGGGUCGGAGCUCCCCUGUAGGUGCUGAAGCUGAGGUCAGAACUGCCGCUGGAAUUCAUGACAGUAGCUGUGUGGGAGUCGACACUAUUGAGAGCGAUUGGGCAGAUGGUGAGAAAACCAGACUGUGGGUAGAGCGGCACCGAGAGAGUGGCUGGGGCCAGAGGGAGCAACUGGAGGCAGAGCAGGUCGGCUCAGACUGCAUGUCGGUUAUCAGCCUUCAAACCAUCGCCUCCGACCUGGAAAAGUGUGACUCGGUGGAGCAUUUGGGCGACCUGAGUGAUGCUGGGAGUGUGCUGGGUGAAGAGUGGGACCACUACAGCAAGUCUAAUGACAAGCCAGUCAGCAGGGAGAUGGUGACUGAAGGGCCUCAGCAGGAGCUUGUUCACCAGGAGAAAGGAGCUGCUAAUAAAGAGAAACAGGAGAGUUUUGUUAAGCAGCACCACAGAAGUGUUAGUCUAUGAUAUCAAGCAGGAGGAGGAACGUUGUGAUGGUGAUGAUCGUGGUGAUUAGGCUGAGGGAUCAUAGAAAAACUUGAGAGAAUCUGAAAUAUCUCUGACUGAGAGGUGCCAAACAAGCUGACAAGAAGGCGCUGACAGUGAUUGACAAAGUUAGGAAUAGGUGGGUGGAUUAACAGGUCCAUCAGCUGCACACUAAUGAAUCUUUGUAUGACAACAUUAAUCCAGUGGAGCAGCCCUGCACAGCGCUUGAGUCUGAUCCAAUCUGUUGCUCAACAGCUGAGGAAAAAAAGUAAUUGCAAAGUACAAAAAGGCUUUUAACAACAGUUUAAACACAUAGUUGUGUUUCAUUUGUGCACCUGGUUUUGGCAUUCCCUGUGUUAGCAUGCUAUCAGCUUGCUUUAAGGAUGGUCUGAAGCACCUGUUAUACUUUCUGCAUUUACAAGUUUGCAAGGGUGCCUUUGGGUCUGGGUAACAUAAAUUUGUGCCAUCAGAGGAUGAAUGCAAGGCUUUGUAAAGACACACGCAUAUGUACCCUCCAAUUUGACCACUCUACAAUGAUUAUGCUGCAAGGGGAAAAAGCUGUACAUGCAUCUUCCAAGUGCACUCCAAGCAGACCAGGAAAUAAUCAUAACAACUUGCCUGUGGUGUCCACCAGCUGCUGUGCCUGCUUCUGCAAGUGAGUAUGGUCUUUAGGAGCAAUAAGAGUGAAUUCACUCUGCAAACUUUCCUGAUGUAGGAACAUGCAGAGUGUGACAAGAAACAUGAGCAGUCACACUUGGGUUGGACACAAACUGGCAGCAUGACCUGAACCAACCCAUCUGGAAAACUGUGAUAAUCCUCAAUUCUGAAGAAAGAAUGUGGACACAAAACUGCAUUGUCUGUGGAGGAUAAAAUAAGUCUGUAAACUGUGGGUCUUUUUUGCGCCACAUGCUUGGAUAUGGCAUUUGUAUGGACGUAUGUAAUCGGUCUUAAAACUGAUUUCAGCUACUCCCUUAUUCACAAUGGUCACCAUAGCACGCAGUGCUACAUAUUUGAGUUUACAGAUUUGUAUCUUCUCACGAGACUCAACGGAAUCUUUCACUUCUGUUUUUGAAGCGCUGCCAAAAUAAGAGCAACAUCAACCACACUGAAGCGAGCAGUGGUUUCAGGGUAAAGAGGCACACUGUAGGGUGCAGUUAGGCUCAGCUUCCCAUAAAAAUAUUUAUAAAAUAUAUUAUAGCAUAAUUUCAUAGAGUGGAACAUUUUCCACUAUUGUACAUGGAAUACAUCCUCAAAUGUGCCGUGAACUUUGUGAAUUGUACAUUAACCAAUCCCGUAUCCUAACCCUAACCCAGUGCUGCUAAAAUAAACGUCUAAUUUCAG